CAGCGGCAGGGGCUGCGGGGCUUCAGCAGCAGCAGCAGCAGCAGGAGGAGGAGGAGGAGGAGCGAGACAUGGCCGUCUGGCUGGCUCUGCCUGCGAUCUUCCCUCAGAGCUGAGAAAUCACAGCCUGGAAAGAGGAGCAGAGCAGAAGGACAAGAGCAGCUGCGGCCACCGCCGCCACCCCGAGAGAUGUGUCCCGGCAACUGGCUUUGGGCUUCCAUGACGUUCAUGGCCCGGUUCUCCCGGGGUGGCUCGCGCUCCCCGAGCCGGGCCGGGGGGGCCUUGGCAGAGCCGUCCCCCGCGCAGCAUCCCCUCCUGAGUGUCUUCGAGCUGGAGCGCCUCCUCUUCACGGGCAAGACGGCCUGUAACCACGCUGACGAGGUCUGGCCGGGCCUCUACCUCGGAGACCAGGACGUGGCCACCAACCGUCGGGAGCUGGGCCGUCUGGGCAUCACGCACGUGCUCAGCGCCUCCCACAGUAAGUGGCGUGGGGUCCCCGAGGCCUACGGGGGCCUGGGCAUCCGCUACCUGGGGGUGGAGGCCCACGACUCGCCCGCCUUCGACAUGAGCGUCCACUUCCAGCCCGCGGCCGACUUCAUCCACCGGGCCCUGAGCCGGCCGGGAGGGAAGAUCCUCGUGCACUGCGCCGUCGGCGUGAGUCGCUCCGCCACCCUGGUGCUGGCCUAUCUUAUGCUGUACCACGGCCUCACCCUCGUGGAGGCCAUCAAGACCGUCAAGGACCACCGCGGCAUCAUCCCCAACCGGGGCUUCCUGCGCCAGCUCCUGGCCCUGGACCGCAGGCUGCGGCAGAGUCGGGAGGCCUGACGGCCCGGAGAGAAGAGGACGGGGCGGGGAGCCGGCCCAAGUCUUGGCUCCGCCACUGACUUACCACAGGAGUCACGACAAGGCCUUUCUCCGUGCCUCGGUUUCCUCCUCCUUGAAACAGGAAGGGCCGUCCCUGCCUCCUUCGGGCCCGCGGAAGCCGUGAAGGAGAACGGGCCGAGGCCUGGAAAGCACGGGGGGCUUCGUGGAGGUGGGCUUGUAGGACCGCGGCGUACGGGUGCGGAUGGGGCUCUCGGGCGUCCCUCCGAAAUGGAAAGUGCGGCCACGUCGUGCGGUUGGAACGCGGGCUCGCUGGAAGAAGAAUAAAGAUGUGAAGAGAA